AUGCUAUCGAUUUUCCCCCAGUCCAAGGCGUUGUUUCGCGGAGAUAUCGAUAUGUCCGCAGACAGUGAGACAGACACGAAGGCACAGAAAGGACGAGCGAACCACAGUCACAUUGAAUUUGCCCAGAAGGAUGAGGAAACUGGGGGUAGCUUAGAGGGUGCGCCGACUGAUCGUGGUGAAUCCUUCCCGGACGGUGGUUUCCAAGCCUGGCGCACGGCGCUAGGAGGAUUCUUGUCGUUUGUUGCCAGCAUUGGGUUCCUCAGCGGGGGAUCUGUUUUCCAAAGCUACUUCAAGACAACCGUCCUUCCAGGCUCCAGCACAUCCGAUAUUGCGUGGAUCGGCAGCGUUCAGGUUUGGGGAUGCUACUUCUUUGGUAUCUGGUCGGGAGCUUUGUCUGAUAAGCACGGGCCUGCGCUACCUCUGGCCGUGGGAACAUUCUUCAUGGUGCUGGGCAAUAUGAUGUCCUCGGUCUCGACAAAGUUCUAUCAAUUUCUGCUGUCCCAGGGGUUUUGUGUAGCACUUGGCAUGGGAUUUAUCUUCACACCAGCUCUGGCUAUCCAGUCCCAAUGGUUCUUGAAACGCCGUGGAUUUGCCGUUGGCUUUGUCAUGUCUGGCCAGAUGGCUGGAGGUAUCAUUUGGCCCGUUCUCGCCAACCGACUUCUCAAUUUUGAGGGCAUGUCAUAUGGUUGGACUCUGCGUAUUAUCGGUUUCAUGCAGCUUGGAAUCAUGGUUGCUGCUAUAUUACUCGUUCAGCGUCGAUUCCCUUGUGCGAUGGAACAGAGGCCCAUGCCUUUAAAACAAUACUUUACCGACCGCUCAACCAUGUUGCUCACGUUUGCUAUUUUCCUCAUGAAUCUUGGCAUUUAUGUACCGUGGUUUUACAUCACUCCUUAUGCCAUCCAGCGCGGUGCCUCGGCAAGCCUAGGAUUCUACGAUGCAGCAAUCCUGAAUGCUGGCGCCUUCUUCGGCUGCUAUGCACUAGGCAUGAUAGCUGACUCUGGCCUGGGAUUUUUCAAUUCGGUUAUAGUGGCCACCUUUGUUUGCGCCGUGAUUUCCUUCGCUUGGAUCGGCUCACACGGCAUUCCAGGUGUCGUCGUGUGGGCAGUAGCAUAUGGAAUGAUCUCAGGCGCACUACAGGCGAUUUUCUCGCCCUGUGUCUCCAUGCUGGCGCCGACGACAGAUGUUAUUGGCUUCUGGAACGAUAGAUCCAAUUACCGCAGAGGCCGCUGGGAUCGCCUAAGGACCAUCACGCCUGAUUGUGAGAUCCUGCACGAUCCUCAGGACCCUCAAUUCCACGAACGUCUCAGCUGUUGGACCGACAUCGACCGAAAGACUCCCACCGCUAGUAUUCUCCCUCGGUCCGAACACGAUUGUCUCAAAACAGUCAAAUGGGCACUACAGUCAUCCAUUCCCCUUGUGACCACCUGUGGCGACCAUAGCACCUGGUCAACGACUGGCGUGGAGGGAAUAAUUAUCGACCUUAGUGGCUACGUUGAUGUGCGUGUGGAUGCAGAGAGAAAGGCCGCUACUUUGGUCGGUGGGGAUCUAUCCAAACAAGUGGGCAUGCGUCUGGCCGAAGCAGGGCUCUUCACAGCAUUCGGAAAUGACAAUAUGGUCGGUGUGAAUCCCUACUUUCUCGGCCGUGGGGCCUCCAUCAUAUCCUCUAUCACAGGGGUUGGGUCCGAUCAAAUCGUGUCCGCGCGGGUCAUCACGGCUCAGGACGGUGGGAAGCUGGCCGAGGUGACGGAGAAAGAGCAUUCUGAUCUCCUCUGGGCUCUGCAAGGCGCAUGGCAAUUCUUCGGGCUGGUGACCCAACUCACCAUCCGGGCACACCGAAUCUCUCAACUCCUUAAGCAGCAGGGGCUGAUCUGGACCGGAGCGUUUAUCUUUCUGCUCGAGCGGGCUACAGAGAUAGCUCCAGUGAUGAAGAGAUUAAUGGCAGAUAGCCAGCGUGCGACUGCAGGCUUGAACUCCAUCCCUGGCCAUCGCCGCGCGGUCCCCUUCCAAGUACUCUACGAUCUGCAUCCCCUGGUUGCCACCGGAGACGAGGCUCCCAUCCAGCACGCCAGUGACGCACGAGAAGCGCUGUGCGGAAAGGGUGAUUUGAAGCAGUUCGGUGUGGUCGGAUUACAUGGGUUCGACGCCGAAGGCUUUGUACGCACCAUUGACACCUGGAAGCAAAUGGUGCAUGACUGCCCCGACGCCAUCAAUACUGGGUUUAACGUUCAAAGGGAUGCGCGAGCAGUUAAGACGCCCGAGGUGGAGUUGGCUAUGUCCUUGUAUGAUAUCCCGUAUUGGCAGAACAACUUGAUCUGGCAUACAGAGGAAUGGAACCACCGUAAGGUGGAGGCGUACAACAAUGAGUGCAUCUCUAUCAUGCGCGGCGACGAUCAGUCACACUCCGUGGACUUUCAGAAUGGCACUCGCGUCGGGCCCAUCGAGAGACGCUAUCGCGGGCAGGCUCACUUGGAAAAGCGGCUCGAUUGA